UGGUCUUCAGAGGUCCGUUUGGUUCAGUUGUCUCACUGCAUUUAAUUUCUGGAUUUCCACCCUGCAGUCACUGGUCACUGGAAAGAGCAAGCAGGUUGAAGGCCCCAAGAUGUCCAUCGCUAAUGCGGCUGCCCAGGCCAUGCUGUCAGACGCCCUGCUACGCGACGGCGCUGGGGGCAACCGCAUCGGUCACCUGGAGCUGGAGCUGCCACUUGACAGGGUCAUCAAGUUUGUGUCCGUGGGGCUGCCCUUACUGCUAGUGUCCAUGGCCUUCGCUCGAGAAAUCUCCAUCGGCCCACAGAUCAGCUGUUUCCCCCCCAAUAACUUUACAGCCAAGCAGGCAGCCUAUGUGGACACAUACUGCUGGGACUCCCUGAUGCACCAUGAGUUUGACACAGAUGGAAACUUUGAGGAGCGAUCCCUCUGGGUGCACAAGAUGUUCCCGUACUCUCUGUUGGCUAUGGCCAUGAUGAUGUACCUGCCUGCCCUCAUCUGGCGUUUCCUGGUCAUGCCGUCGUUGGGCUCCGACCUGCUCUUCAUCAUUGACGAGCUGGACAAAUCCUACAACCGCUCCGUGCGAUUGGCUCAGAGCAUCCUGGAGAUGCGCCAGAACACCCAGAACCCCUUCACCUUCCAGGCCGAGCUUGAGAGGGCCAAGCGGAAGCGUUACUUCGAGUAUCCCCUGUUGGAGAGGUACAUGCAGAGCAAACACGGCUCCUACUUCCUGGUCAGCAUGCUCUUUCUGCGCGGCUUCCUCUUGCUCACCUUCAUGUCUGCCGCCUGCCUCUACCUCGUCUACUUCCACCUAUCCGCCUUUCUCCAGGAUGAGUUUAGCUGCUUUGUCCGCACCGGCUUGCUGCGCGACCAAAACUGGGUCCCAGAACUGGUCCAGUGCAAAAUGACCGGCCAACUGGUCUUCCAGGUUAUUAGCGUGGCCAACGGCGCUAUCUACGUCCUUCUGGUACCUAUCGUGCUGUUCAGCUUGGUCCGCCUCUUCUGUUGGGAUACGACUCUAUUGUCGGUCUACGAGGUUCUACCCGCAUUGGGACUUAACAGCGGUCGCAAGCUGGGCUGCCCGCUCAACGACCUCAAUGUUCUUCUACUGUUUUUGCGAGCUAACGUGGCGCAUCUGCAGUCUUAUGGCAGGCUGAGGGCCGUAUGCUCGCUGGCAUCCCCGCAGAUCGGGAAGGGGAAUGGCGUGAAGGGCGCAGGGAUGCUGACGGCAGAGGAAAUUGAGGAGAGGGCCGAGGCAGCACAGGAGCUGGAGGAGGAAGUGGAGGAGCUGCAGGAGGAAGGGAAGCUCAACCUGGUGGAUAUCAUGACCAUUUUAGGAGCGGCCCGGGGAAACGCGGUCAACUGCACCGAUUCCAGGCCUCUGGUGGAGGAGAAUAUGAGUCUGGAGCCAAACCACCAGGGGUACCAUGAGUUGAAGGAGACUGCAUCAUGUAAUCGUUACUAAACCACCAAUUGACUGAACCAUCAAUGUGACACCAAUUGAGGGGGGGGGGGGGUCAAAAAGAUAACCUGGGAGAGAAGCGAGGGAAGGGGUUCUGUAUCCAGAGAAGUUGUUCCAAAAAGCCUCCAUUAGAAUGAAAAGCUUGGUGGUUAACUUGAGCGAUGUAGUUUCUUUAUGUAUGACUGAGCUUCUAGGUCGUUGUGACUCAUCUUAAUUUCAACCUCAGAUUUCCUACUUUUCUUUAUGGUUAUGCGUUUUACUGUACUUGAUUUUGUGAUUUAUGAGCAAGGAAAGUUGUUUGUGUUAAAUGUCAACCAGUAACAUUUUGUUUGUUCUAUGUCAACAGAUACCAAUGUAAUGAAUAAAGUUAUUUUUAUGACUGUUGUGUUGAAUGGCUCAAGUGCAACAUUUCCCUCACCACUUGUGAAUCACAUUGUAAAUGAAUUGCCUCUGAAAAUAUAUGUGAUUAUUUAAUUGAAUAAAAUACAUUGUAAAAGUGCUGACUCUCCACAAAAUGCUUCUUUUAUGUAAACAUUCUGAGCUGAAACAUUUGCUGCACUUUGAGUACCUUUUGUAAUUAAAAUAAGAAACAUUUA